AACUCUUCAAUUCAUACCUAAAACUGUAACAAUUGUGACAAUUCUCUCUCUCUCUACCCCUUUCUUGCCUCUGAAAAUUCAAGAAACAGGGGAGAAUGAUGGUGGGAAUCGAUGAUUUGGGGCUGAGUUUGAGCUUGGGCUUUCCGGCGAGUGGGAAAUCCGGCGCGGCGGCGGUGGCGCCGGCGAGGAAUCUCAACCCGAUGCCGUCUCAUUUCUCUCUCUUCCAAACGUCUCCCUGGCCGGAAACCUUCCCGAAUUCAGAUCCGGGAGACUCGGAGGCCUGCCAGGCGGCGUUGAAAGGGAUAGACGUGAACAGGGCUCCGGCGGCGGCGUCCGACGCCGACGAGGAUGCCGGAGUUUCGUCGCCGAACAGCACGAUCUCCAGCAUGAGCGGGAGCAAGCGGAGCGAGGCGGAGGCCAUGAUGAUGAUGAUGAUGAACCCGGAGGAGAACGAGAGGGCGUGCUCCCGCGCCGCCAGCGACGAGGAGGACGGGGAGACUUCUCGAAAGAAGCUCCGGCUGAGCAAGGACCAGUCCGCCAUUCUCGAGGACAGCUUCAAGGAGCACAAUACCCUCAACCCCAAGCAGAAAUUAGCUUUGGCCAAGAGGCUGGGAUUGAAGCCAAGACAAGUCGAGGUCUGGUUCCAGAACCGAAGGGCAAGGACGAAGCUGAAGCAGACGGAAGUGGACUGCGAGUUCCUGAAGAGAUGCUGCGAGAAUCUGACGGAGGAGAACCGGAGACUGCAGAAGGAAGUGCAGGAGCUCCGGGCGCUGAAGCUCUCUCCACAGUUCUACAUGCAGAUGCCGCCGCCGACGACUCUGACCAUGUGCCCGUCGUGCGAGCGCGUCGCCGCCGCCGCACCGCCUUCUGCCGCCGCGCAAUCCCGGCAGCAGCAGCAGCUGCCGUUCGGCAUCUGGGCGCCCGGCCGGCCGCCGGUGGAGGCGCAUCCUAGAAAGGCGACUUAGUCAUGAAUAAUUAACCUUCUCGCUCCCCGGGGGGGCGAUUUGGUCAUUUUGACCGUCCUAGUUUUUUAUUUUUAGGAAAAGAGAGAAGAUGAUACCAUACGACAGCGUUUAAUGUGUGCGAAGAUAUGGUUGUUGGAGUUGGGGAUAAACCUUUUAUUGUGUUUUUUUUUAAUGACCCAUGUGUCCGUGUGGGGGGAAAAAGAGUACUCGAGAUGUAAAUUAUUGGUUUGGUUGCUCCCAAUUUGUUCUUUUAUUUAACCGCUGAUUACUACUACCAGUAAUAAUUACUAGUUAUGAAU